UUAACAUAAUAUGUUAAAUAAGUUAAAUUGUUCAUUAUUACAUAUUUAAUCCAACAUUCUAACCUGACGGAAACAACAGUCAACACCACAAUUAAACUCUAAAUUGCUAUUUUCUACUUUAUUCUGCCUGGAUAAACAUCGUUUAUUAAUGUACACAACAUAGAGAUAACAUUAUAAAUUAUUAUUCAUUUUUCUUGCCCUUGUACUUGUGUAAACAAUUAGAGAUGGAAUAGUUUUUACUUAUUAUUCAUGCAAUAUUAAAUGUUAUUUAGUCGUCUCUAAAUAUUUAUACAUUUUAAUCAUUGUUUUUUUUUUAAUUUGUAUUAUUUUAGCAAGUGUUAAAUACUGUAAGAUCGAUUGUUUACCAUUUAAAUGAUGUCAACUUGGUUAAGAUGACACAAAAAAUGAUUGCUUUGCCAAUACAUAAUGUUAAACUACUCGAUGACAUAACGGAAAUAAUAUUUGAUCGAGCUUUAAAAAGACAAAAUUAUACACAUAUAUACGCCCAGAUGUGUGCAUGUAUGAUAAAUGACCCAAAGUUUAAUAAACUUGCUACAGAUACUGAAAUUACAUUUCAAAAAGUUCUAUUGAAAAAAUGCUACGAUGUAUUUUAUACAAGCUAUCGACAAGAAUUAAACAAAUUGAAAGAGAAGAUGAAAAAUGAUAAAAUGGUAAAUAGUUAUGUUGUCAUUAUAUUUUGUUGGGUUCAAUAA